CACGUGGCCCGCCCCAAUAUAAGCAGCUACCAACCUGAGACUGAGAACUCAGUGUCCAGGUCACCCACACCUGUCUGCCUCAUCGCCAUCGCUGUCCUGCAGCUCCCUUCCCCCUGAGAACCCAGCCCCCAGUGCCCCUACUCCGUGCCUGCCCCUCCCCCAGUAUCCAGCCUCCCUUGGACAGAUUCGGCCACUGUCACCGCCUCUACCUCUGCCGCCCCAACGCCACCUUCCCAGGGCCGGCAAGAUGCAGUUUGAGAUGCACGACAACGUGAAAGGCAAAGCCAUGUCCUACCCAGUGACCAGCCAGCCCCAGUGUGCCAGCAGCUGCUACCAGACCCAGCUCAGUGACUGGCACACCGGACUCACAGACUGCUGCAACGACAUGCCUGUCUGUCUGUGCGGCACUUUCGCCCCUCUGUGCCUCGCCUGCCGCAUCUCGGACGACUUCGGGGAGUGCUGCUGCGCGCCCUACCUGCCCGGAGGCCUGCACUCCCUGCGCACUGGCAUGCGGGAGCGCUACCACAUCCAGGGCUCUGUCGGGCACGACUGGGCGGCCCUCACCUUUUGUUUGCCCUGCGCCCUCUGUCAGAUGGCGCGGGAAUUGAAGAUCCGGGAGUAAGGAAGCCCCCCAUCCCUCCUCCUUUUCCACCUGUCGCGCUGGGCCUCCUCUGCCCCUCCGCCCUAUCCCGCUACCAGAAAUACACCCACAAUAAAAACCUGAAAACCAA